AUGUCACCCAAAAGCAGAGGCAAGCCGCUGCCUGUUGGCCUCCGGUCGAGAUCGACACCCAAUCUUCCAUCACCACAGUCCCCAGACAGCGGGAAGCCAUACAAUGAGCCAGGCGUGCCCGCGAACCGGCCUACACCUGCCCCGCACACUUCCCCGACGGAGCCAGCGUCUGUCAAGAAUGAUACUGAGGGCGAGGACGAGGACGAGGACGAGGACGAGCUGAUGCUUGGUUCGGGGGAUUCUGAAGGAUCUGAGUCUGACGAGGUGGACGAGGCGCCUUCAGCGCGUCGGCCACUGUACGCGUCGCGUUCCUACACCCAGCUCCCGCACGCGACCAGCACACUCUACCCGCCAUUCUACAAUCGGCCACCGGUUCCACUUCCUCCUUCACCUUCGUUGACGUCGCUCUUACGACCGUCAUUUAGCACCACGACAUCGCGACGGACGACGCCAGACUCUUCGGAUGUGGACGUGUCUACUGGCACCAGAACGCCUGCAUCGACUACGAACCUCGCAAGUAUCACAAAGUCUGCGCGCCACGCGCCCUUGGUGCCUCGCGCGUCUCCCAAGGUACCCACUUAUGAGUACUAUGGCUUUGCGCUAUAUCUCGCUAGCUCUGCCGCCUUCUUGCUGUACAUUGUGUGGGCCUAUGUUCCAUCUCCGCUGCUGCAUCAGAUGGGCAUCCACUACUAUCCGAAUCGCUGGUGGGCUCUCGCUGUGCCCUGCUGGCUAGUUGCCCUGGUCGUCUACAUCUACGUGGCUCUCGCAAGCUACAACACGGGAUACCUCACGCUCCCAAUGAGCAGUUGUGAGAAUCUCGUAGACGAGACGGCCCAGAUUGCCUUGGUCGACAAACGGACUGGGGAGAUUGUUCGGGGCCAGCCGUCCCAGUCAUCGCAAGCACAUGGCAAAGAUAAGGCUGGACAAGCCGAUGUGACAAGCGGCCGAAGAGAUUCGCAUCCGGCAUGCCGGUGGAGUGCCGCGGAAAAAGCUGACUGGAAGAGCUACUGGAGCAUCAGCACAGACGCAGUCAUGGACGUGCCAAUUGGCGGCGUCUGCGAGAUACUGUAUGGCGGCGAGGAUGAGUGA